AUGAAGCUGGACUGUUGCUUCCACAUCCCCCACAUCUACACCCACAUCUACACCCACACAUCUACACCCUCACGUCUACAUCCCCCACAUCUACACCCUCAUAUCCACAUCCCCCACAUCUACACCCACACAUCCAUAUCCCCCACAUCUACACCCACACAUCUACACCCUCACGUCUACAUCCCCCACAUCUACACCCUCACAUCCACAUCCCCCACAUCUACACCCACACAUCCAUAUCCCCCACAUCUACACCCACACAUCUACACCCUCACGUCUACAUCCCCCACAUCUACACCCUCACAUCCACAUCCCCCACAUCUACACCCUCACGUCCACAUCCCCCACAUCUACACCCACACAUCCACAUCCCCCACAUCUACACCCUCACGUCCACAUCCCCCACAUCUACACCCACACAUCCAUAUCCCCCACAUCUACACCCACACAUCUACACCCUCACGUCUACAUCCCCCACAUCUACACCCUCACAUCUACAUCCCACACAUCUACACCCUCACGUCUACAUCCCCCACAUCUACACCCUCACAUCCACAUCCCCCACAUCUACACCCUCACGUCCACAUCCCCCACAUCUACACCCACACAUCCACAUCCCCCACAUCUACACCCACACAUCUACACCCUCACGUCUACAUCCCCCACAUCUACACCCACACCCCCACAUCUACACGCGCAUGUCCACAUCCACACCCCCCCACAUCCACAUCCACACACCCCACAUCUACACCUUCAUCCCCACAUCUACACCCUUACGUUCACAUCCACACACCCCCACAUCUACACCCACACCCCCACAUCUACACCAUCACGCCCACAUCCCCCACAUCUACACCUACACCCCCACAUCUACACCCUCACGUCCACAUCUACACCCUCACAUCCACAUCCACCACCCCACAACUACACCCUCACAUCCACAUCCCCCACAUCUACACCCAGCCCCCCACAACUACACCCUCACAUCCACAUCCACAUCCACACACCCCCACAUCCACACACCCAACAUCUACACCUAUACCCCCACAUCUACACCCUCACGUCCACAUCCACACACCCCCACAUCUACACCCUCACGCCCACAUCCCCCAUAUCUACACCCUCACGUCCACAUCCACACACCCCCACAUCUACACCCACACAUCCCUCCCCUCACGCCCACACCCCCACAUCUACACCCUCACGUCCACAUCUACACCCCCACAUCCACAUCCACACACCCCCACAUCUACACCCACACCCCCACAUCUACACCCACACUCCCACAUCUACACCCUCACAUCCACAUCCACACACCCCCACAUCCACACACCCCACAUCUACACCUAUACCCCCACAUCUACACCCUCACGUCCACAUCUACACCCUCACGUCCACAUCCACACAUCCCCCACAUCUACACCCACACUCCCACAUUUACACCCUCACGCCCACAUCCCCCACAUCGACAGCCUCAUGUCUACAUCCCCCACAUCUACACCCCACCCCCACAUCUACACCCUCACGCCCACAUCCCCCACAUCUACACCCUCACGUCUACAUCCCCCACAUCCACAUCCACACCCCCCCGCAUCCACAUUCACACACCCCCACAUCCACAUCCACACCCCCACAUCUACACCCACACCCCCACAUCUACACCCUCGCGUCCACAUCCACACCCCCACAUCUAAACUCACACAUCCACACCCACAUCUACACCCUCACGUCUACAUCCCCCACAUCUACACCCUCACAUCCACAUCCACACACCCCCACAUCCACAUCUACUCACCCCACAUCUACACCCUCACCCCCACAUCUACACCCUCACGUCUACAUCUACCCAGAUCUACACCCACACCCCCACAUCUACACCCUCACACGUCUACAUCCCCCACAUCCACAUCCACACACCCCCACAUCCACAUCCACACACCCCACAUCUACACCCUCACGACCACAUCCACACCCCCACAUCUAAACCCACACAUCCACACCCACAUCCACACCCACAUCCCCACAUCUACACCCCACAUCCACACACCCCACAUCUACGCCCACACAUCUACACCCCCAGAUCAGCUCCCACACCCCUACAUGCACCCCCACAUCAACACCAAAAAAAACACAUCAACAUCCACACCCACAUAUCCACACACACACACACAUCUACACCCACAACCCCACAUCCACAAUCCCACCCACACAUCUAAACCCCCACAUCUACACCCACACCCCCACAUCAACACCCCCACCCCAACACCCCCACAUCUACAUCUAUGA